AUGAAGUUCGGUGACAGCUUCUAUCAGAGGUCGGUUCCGGAAUGGGCCGCCUACAACUUCAACUACAAUGGUAUGAAGCAACUCAUCAAGCAACGUACAUCCCCUAAUCUUUCCGGCCCUGUCGAAAUCCCCGUCCAAGGCAAGAGUCGAUGGGAGGAGACGGACAAGGUCUUGCUCAAUCACUUACGAGAUCAAUAUGACAACAUCACUCUGUUCCUGCGGAUGAAGCGGGGAGAAAUUGACCGGCGACUGAGCUCGCUCAAGAAGCAGAUCGCCAUCCUUCGGACAUAUGGCGAUGAAAGGGCGCUGGAAGUUGAUGCCGUCGCCGGCAUCCGGAGCCGCAAGUAUCGCAAACUCACCCGCGAAUGCGAAGAGCUGGGGGACCUCAUCCAAAAGGUUGCUCGCUUUGCCUCUGCUCAGAAAAUCGCCUUCCGCAAAAUCCUCAAGAAGUAUACGAAAUGGACAGGUUCGACCACGCUGCAAACUCGCAUGGACGUCGAAGUCUUCUCGUCCAACCAGCUGCAGACCGACUACUCAGAUUAUCUUCAGGAAUUGGCUGAACAGACAGCCAUCCUCACCGAGAAACUGGCCAUUCCAACGCUUAAGAAGCAUCCCCAACAACCACCCUCCGGUCAGCAGCAACAGGAUAGAGUUUCUGCUUUGGGCCUUCGGUCACCCAUAUCUAAAAUCAACAAUACCAUCAAGCAAGCCCCUGCCGCGUUUGAUGCUGCCGUUAUGACGGUGCCAUAUGGCGAGGCCGCCGGCAGUGCUUUCUACUGGAUUCAUACAGACAACCUCGACGAGGCUCGUGCCAUCAUUCAGAGACAUAUGAAGAAGGAUGACACUCUCGCUCCCACCCCCUCACGGACAAGCUCCAAUGCAUCACUGACGCCACAGAGAAACGCGUCCCUCUCCAUGUCAAACAACAACAAUCUCACUCACAUGGUCUUCUUCGACAACGCACAGAGAUUUGUCAAGGACCAAAGUUCUGUCAGACCCUCCAAGAUAGCCUUGAGUGCGUACUGGACCCGCGCUAAGGACGCAGCAGUCACUCUCGCCGGCCUUUCACCUACCUCUUCCGGUGAAAAGGCCCUUCUCCUCGACCGCGAAGACCUCGUUAUUGCUUUAAACCGGGAUUCCCAUUUGACAGGUGGUUCGAAAGAAGCCACCACCAUUCAGCGAUAUCUCAUCGAGCACAGGGAUGUCAAGCCCUUGGCCGAAGUACGAACCUACCGGACACGUUACUCCGGCAUGACCAACACCGCCGACGUCGCGAAUUGGGCCACGCUCGAUACCUCGGUCUCUUUUGGUACGGUGGACAUGCAGCACCUCGGUGAAUUGCACCCCUUUUCCCAAGACAGCGACACCUUCCCACAUGCCACGUUGCAUAUUCGUUGGGAAUUUGCUCGGACUCCAGCCGUUGUUCGUGCAUUGGAUGAGUCGCAUCUGGCGUACCGAGUCUAUGAUUUUACUCUUGAAGACAUGGCCAUUCGCAAGGUACACAAAGAUCUCCCUCAAUCACCAUGGCAAUCACUGCUGGAGAAGGACAUCACCAAGCUGCCUCUUCCCCACGUCGGUGAGACAGCAUCCCACCUAUUCCGACUCAGAACCGCAAACCGGGUCAGGGUCAAUGCAACCGAUCUGAGUGGAACGUCCUCUGGACCAUCCUCCAGUGAAGGCCAUGCAGACAGUGUCUUCUCUACAGCUACUCGUGGACGCGACUCUAUUACAUCCGAUGAAGCUCGAAACACAGAGGCAGUCACUUCGCCUCUCGAGUCAAAAUCCCCGUCAAGCAAAAAGACACGGAAGCGAGCACGAAUUGUGGUUCCUGAGCCGCGCCCGUCUCCGAUCAGGUACUGGAACGAAUUUGAAGAUGGCGACUCCGAUGUCAAUCUUGAGGAAUCUUACGUCAUCUACCUCGAUCCAAACGAGCCUACUUUCCCAGCUAUCUCCAAGGCGUGGGGAACCCUGAAGUCGUGGUGGCCCCUCAGGGCUCUGAUGAGAGGAAACAAGCCUGCAACGGAGAGAACGCCAUUAUUAUAUGACGAAGAGACGGCUUCCAUUGAAUCGUCAGACUCGGACUCGCUGAUGAUAGUGCACGACGGGCAACUGCAUCGGACUUUUAUUUGGGGUCUCGUUGGCGGCCUGAGCGCCGCCGUUAUUAUUGGUCUUGCUCUUGUGCUGUUUAUAUGCUUGCAAGCGUGA